CUCUCACACAGAUUGAUAAAUCUUGCCAGCGUGUACUGAGAGUGAGAAAUUGAUUGUAUUGUGCGUAAAUUGUGUGAAAAAAACAAUGUCUGGAAUGAGAGAAAUUGUGUCUGUGGUGUCUGGGAGAGAGGAUGGUGACGGUGAGCGUGCUGUUGUGGAUGUGAGUGAUAGAGCAUGUGUGAGUGAGCGUGCUGUUGUGGAUGUGAGUGAUAGAGCAUGUGUGAGUGAGCGUGCUGUUGUGGAUGUGAGUGAUAGAGCAUGUGUGAGUGAGCGUGCUGUUGUGGAUGUGAGUGAUAGAGCAUGUGUGAGUGAGCGUGCUGUUGUGGAUGUGAGUGAUAGAGCAUGUGUGAGUGAGCGUGCGGAUGAUGUGUCUGAGUGUAGUGGUGGCGUGGAGAGGAGAGGAGAGAAGAGGAGGAGUAAAGUCCGAGCAUGUCCAAUCGCAAGACAAAGUGGUUGGACAAUAUCGGACUCUGGCAGUGGCAGCCACACAUCUGAGUCUGAGAGUCUGCACUCAGUGGGAGUCCCACCAGCCAAAAAACAAAGAGGGCCGAAAUUCACGGAGGCAGAGAACGUAGCACUGGUGGCUGCUGUUAGCACAGAAAAAUCCGUGUUAUUCAACACGACAGUGGGUACCCAGGAGAAGAUGGCCGCCUGGAGCCGGGUGAGGGAGAAAGUGUCCCAAGUUGCAAGUGGCACAGCGGACAGGACAGUUCUCAGCAUCAGGCAUCGGUACUAUGACUGCAGGGCAUCAGUCCUCAAAAAAAUAAAAAAGCAGCAGCAGAGGAGGAACAUCAACUUCAAGAACUGGGAGCUGGAGUUGAAGAAGCACCUCGUGCCAGAGGCUCAGACAUCCGAGGCAGAGAGAUCUGAUCAACAAGGCCAGGCUUCAUUAAGGAGUCACCAUGACAGUUCCCCACCAUCACCUGUCCUGUCACAUUUGGAGAGCCGGAGUGAGGUUGAGGCAGAUGAUAAUAUUAGGUGGUAUCUCGUCUGGUGGAGGACCGCCAGCUCGAUUUUAAGAUACAAGUACAAGCUUUUUCACUGCAGCCACUUCUAGCUUUAAGCACCCACUUAUCCAAUGGCACAGAAGCUGAACAUGCUCCUGUUCCAGUUGCUGGUACUGCAGUUCCUAACUUUUCAAAUGGACACUCAGAGUAUGGGGGUGUGCUGAGAGGCAGGGUCUGGAACAGGUGGACCGCCAGCUUGAUGCUCACCGGAAUGGGUAAUCAAACAAUUUUUAUAAAUUCAAAUUAAAUUAAAUAAAAAUGACAUAAAAAAUCUGCCACAUCCAGACGCUCUGCGGCAGUGAUUCUAAUAGCGAUGCCUGUAAUCUGCAUGUCAUACUGAAUACGUUUUAUUUCACUAACACAGCACACUAACAUCCUGAUUGCAUGAUCGGAUGGAGCCAAACAAUCUCUGUGUUUUUUCCACAGGAAAGAAAGACUGAGUAACUACUUCCUCAACAGACUGUUCAGACCGAUCCACAGCGGACAUAACAGAAUCCUCAACCAUAAAGGCAGGGCUAGCAGAAAUUUUUUAGUGGAAAGAGAGCUUUCAAUCUCAUUGAUGGAGUUCCCCAGGAAUUCCUUCAUCCAGACAAACAUAUUCUGG